CUCAGAGCUAUAGAUAUGGAGGUUUUGACAGGCAGCUGUCGAAUCUACCUGUGCACGUGAAGCUAAUUCAAUUUGAGUGGCGCAGCGCAACACACGAAUCGUUCCCCACUUUGAGCGAGAGAUCACCAUUUUGCGAAUCCCAACAGAGGCCGGACGACAUUCCAUUGCACAGCCGCCAUGGUGAAGCUCAACUAUGACGUCCUCAGUGUGGCGUCCUCUUUCAUUAACGCCGUGCAAGAUCGGGAGCUGAAUCUCCGAGGCCUUAAGAUACCACAAAUAGAGAACUUAGCUAUUACCAAGGACGGAAACGAUGUGAUCGAUUUCACAGAUAACGAGCUGCGACGAUUAGAUGGUUUCCCCUUGAUGAAGCGAUUGAAGGCCAUACUAGCGAGCAACAAUCGAAUCGCAAGAGUCGAUCUCGAGUUGGCAAAGCAACUACCCAACCUAAAAACCCUGAUUAUGGCGAACAACCUCAUAGAGGAGCUGGGCGACCUUGAUCCACUGGCGAACCUAGAGCAUUUGGAAUGCUUGAGUCUGAUGGACAACCCUGUUGCUACAAAAAAGUAUUACAGGCAAUAUAUCAUCCAUCGGUGCCCGAAAGUGAGGAUACUGGACUUCCGAAAAGUCAAGGAAAAGGAGCGUCAAGAAGCCGCGUCGUUGUUUUCGGGGGCGGACGGCACCAAGCUCGCAGCCAGUUUAUCUGCUACGAGUUCGAGGACAUUCGAACCAGGGGAAGGACUGAAGAAAACACCCAAAUUAUACCAGGGGCCGUCCCCGGAGGAAGCGGCAAAGAUUAGGGAAGCAAUCAAAAACGCCAAGACGCUGGACGAAGUUACACGAUUGGAGAAGUUGCUGCAAACGGGGCAGGUUCCGGAUGGCACCGCGCAGGCAACAAAACAGGAUGAUAUGAUGGAGGCCGAAGAAGAGGCGUAGGGAGAUGGAAUUCUAGUCGUUAGGGUCAGAAAGACCUCUUGGCAGAAUGCGAGAAGGACGGCGAUGCGCUUGGUGAGGUCGCUCAACAGCCGCCGACACAGUGGUCCUGUGUACAGCAUUGUUGCCAUCG